AUGCCACAUUUCCCCAUGAGUACGGAGUUCCAACCGAUUCAAGAUGCUUCCAGCGAUGUGCAGCAUCCCCCAGUCAAUAUCAAGAACCGCCGGAAGCGGUACCUGGACCUUCAUCCAGAGUACUUCACGGCGGAAGAUCUCGAGCUAGCCGACCCGUUACUGUACGAUCGCCUGAUUCGUCGAUUCCAGACACCGCAGGAGAGGGAGACCCAAGGGCGCGCAAAGGGGUUCUCGGGUGUCUUGCAGGCCGAUCUAUUACGCUCUGAGGCGAAGAUAGACGCUCUCGCACACCCAGACCCCAACGCCAUGCUCAGCUACACACGUGGCCCUAAUGGGGAAAUUCUUGCCGAGGACCGUGACGAUAUUCCAGCCAGUAAAGAGGAGGGCGAGAAGGCCUGGCAGUGGGAGAUGGGAUUGCGAUUUAUGCGAGGUGAUGACCCAGACUUUGACUACAAGACCGUCGACGAAAACGACGAUUACGAUGAUUGGACCGAACAACAAGAAAACUACUUCGAGGAUGAGGAGCCUGAAUGGGUGGUUGGUGAGGCUCGGGGUGAAGAUGCUCAGGCCAAACUUCAGGGCGAGACGGGGGUUCAGGAUUUCUAG